AUGUAUCAAAAAAUAUGCACUGUGAAAACACUGAUUUUUAAAACAAAAUUGGGCUUUCUAAUUUAUCACAGCUAUAUGUUUCAUAAAACUUCAUUUUUUUUCUUCUGGUUCAAUUUAUUCUUAACCGUCAAUGGUAUCAAUGGUAAAACUAUUACAUAUGCCAUUAAAAAUGCACGUACUAUGAUUAAAUGUCCUGGUGAAAGUCAGUUUCAUGUCUAUGAUUCAUUUGAUACAACAAAAAUAAAAUGUAUUGAAACAGAUCAGAUUCAUUUCAUUGAUCUUCGUCGUGUAACAUACUGGUGUAACUUUGAUGGUAUUCGAGAAUAUCUGACAGAAGAAUAUGCAUUAUUGAAAAAUAGCCAACGUUAUCCCCAUUUUCCAAUAACAUUAUUUCAAACAAAUUUGGAUAAUCAACAAGAACAAUAUAUCUACAAGAUAGAUGAUGCUAAUACGGCUCCAUUUUGGCAAUUAAAUAUUAAGAAUUUUAAAAGUGCAAAUCGUGCCCGUGUUACCUAUUUAUGGUCAUCAUCGCUAACAUGUAUAUUGAAAUAUUAUUAUGCUGAAGAUAUGUGUCAAAAUCUUGGUUUCAAAUAUGAUCAUGUUACAGCUGAGAAUAAUUUAAAAUGUUACUACGGUGAGAAAUCCAUCAGUAUUGAUGAGGUAGAAGCACUCAUGUUGGAAACAACAGCUAUAGCAACGUCUUUCACAACAGCAAGGUACCUAAAGUUUGAUAUUUUACUGAUAUAUAGAAGUUAA